UUUCUAUAGGAACCGCGGCCGCGCCACGGCCCCUCCAGCCCCGGCCCCGUGCGAGCAUGCCCAGUGCAGGCCGCUAGUUUGGCUCGGCUCUCGGUUUCCAGUAAGUGGCUUGCGGGACUCGGGCGAGAUCCCCAGGAGCUGAGCCGGGAGUCUUUGUGUGCAGAGGGAGGCGGCGGCCGCCGGCCUGGAGACCCCGCCGGGGGACUCCGGGGGCAGCAUCAUGCUAGCCUGCCUGGCCCGGGGGAACUUACUGGACGUCCUGCAGGAGGGCUGCAACGAGCAACAGCUGCAGGCGUACGUGGCCUGGGUGAACGCACAGCUCAGGAAGAGGCCCGCAGUGAAGCCCGUGCAGGACCUUCGGCAGGACCUUCGGGAUGGAGUGGUCCUGGCCUACCUCAUCGAGAUCGUUGCAGGAGAAAAGCUGAGUGGGGUCCAGCUGAGUCCCAGGAACCAGCAGGAGAUGAAGAAUAACGUGGAGAAAGUGCUACAGUUUGUCGCCUCCAAAAAGAUUCGGAUGCACCAGACUUCGGCUAAAGAUAUCGUGGAAGGAAACCUCAAGUCCAUCAUGAGGCUGGUCCUCGCCCUGGCGGCGCAUUUCAAACCCGGCUCCAGCAGGACGGUGAGCCAGGGACGGGGCUCCCGAGCCCCUCUGCAGAGCCACCAGCCACACUGUGCCACCGCCGUGGCCCAUGGCGCAGCUGCUGCCCUGGCUGAUGUGUGUCAUGAUAUGUCUCGGUCAGGACGGGACAUCUUCCGCUACAGACAGAGGAACAGCAGCAUGGACGAGGAGAUCGAGAACCCCUGCUGGAGCGUGCGCGCCCUGGUGCAGCAGUACGAAGGGCAGCAGAGGUCCCCGUCGGAGUCCAGCUGCUCCAGCCUGACUUCACCCAGUCCUGUCCACAGUGCAAAGAGCGAAUCCAUUAUAACUCAGUCAGAAGAGAAGGCCGGUUUUGUGAUUGUUCCCUCGGAAGGAAUAGAUAAUCGAACAGAGGAGACAGACUCCCCCUUAUCCCGAGACUGGCAACCAGGAAGCCCCGGAACUUACCUGGAGACUUCAUGGGAAGAACAGCUGUUGGAACAACAGGAACAUUUAGAAAAAGAAAUGGAGGAAGCGAAGAAAAUGAUCUCAGGAUUGCAGGCCUUAUUGCUCAAUGGAUCCUUACCCGAAGAUGAACAGGAGAGACCCUUGGCCCUGUGCGAGCCAGGAGUCAAUCCCGAGGAACAGCUGAUCAUAAUCCAAAGUCGUCUGGAUCAGAGUAUGGAGGAAAAUCAGGACCUAAAGAAGGAGCUGCUGAAAUGUAAACAAGAAGCCAGGAACUUGCAGGGGAUCAAGGAUGCCUUGCAGCAGAGGUUGGCUCAGCAGGACACCUCAGUUCUUCAGCUCAAACAGGAGCUACUGAGGGCGAAUAUGGACAAAGAUGAGCUGCACAACCAGAAUAUGGAUCUGCAGAGGAAGCUAGAGGAAAGGAACCAGCUACUGGGAGAAUAUAAAAAAGAGCUGGGGCAGAAGGACCGCCUCCUCCAGCAGCACCAGGCAAAGUUGGAAGAAGCACUGCGGAAGCUAUCGGAGGCCAGUUACCAGCAGGUGGAUCUCGAGCGGGAGCUGGAGCACAAAGAUGUCCUCUUGGCUCACUGUAUGAAGAGAGGGGCAGAGGAGGUGACCAACCACAAUAGCCACACCUCUCAGAGCAAUGGCUUCCUCCCAGGCGUGGCAGGAAAAGGGGCUGCUUCUGUUACCCACAGAGGGACCAGUGACCUGCAGCUUGUGCGGGAUGCCCUCCGGAGCCUGCGCAGUAGCUUCAGUGGGCACGACCCGCAGCACCACACCAUCGACAGCCUGGAGCAGGGCAUCUCCAGCCUCAUGGAGCGCCUGCACGUCAUGGAGACGCUGAAGAAGCAGGAGAGAAGGGUUCGUGGCAAGUCACCCAGAAGUCAAGCAGAUGAUGAAUACCGGGAGUCCUGGCCCACAAAUUCAAAGCUGCCUCACUCCCAGAGCGCCCCGGCCGUCAGCAGCACCUGCACAAAAGUGCUCUACUUCACCGACCGCUCCCUCACGCCCUUCAUGGUCAACAUACCAAAGCGAUUGGGGGAGGUGACCUUGAAGGAUUUCAAAGCAGCCAUUGACCGGGAAGGGAAUCACCGGUACCACUUCAAAGCUCUGGAUCCUGAGUUUGGCACUGUCAAAGAGGAGGUUUUCCACGAUGACGAUGCCAUCCCUGGAUGGGAAGGGAAAAUCGUAGCCUGGGUGGAGGAGGACCACGGCGAGAAUUAAACUGAGUGUCAGGUGAAAGACUUUCGGAAUUUGACUCUCCCUGGCUGCUCGACUCAGGAAAGGACUGAAACCAGGAAACACUACGAAGUUUCUAGUUCAUGCUGCCAAAAGAGAAGCUUCUCCAAGGGUAACAGCGAGAGGCCAGUCCUGUUUGUGUGCCUGGCACAUGUGGUCCUUAAAAUCCCUGUCCAAAUGGAGACCCUGGCUUCCUCUGCAGUUCCUCGUUGUGGGAACACAGUGUUUCAUUCUGCUCUGAGGAUAACAAACCCAAGGCCUUAAGCAACGGGAAUGGGCCAUUCAGCUCCGGUUAGGCGCAUGGCUGCUAGGACCUGGAAACUGGGAAUCAGAGGCGUCGCCGCUGCGUGUUACAGUAUUACUUGGCCUAGAUGGUUGCAGCGGUCCCGGUGUUUGUAUUCGAAGACAAGGCACGGGUAACCCGUUUUCCCGCUUCUUCGCUGCUGCUGCAAAUGCAUCAAGGGGAAGCCCGCUCCUCAGCCAUCUUUCUGGACUGGUCGUGGAUGGUGCACUAUCUUGGACUGGCUGGAAAACAUCUGCCUCACAUGUGCUAUCCUUGGCCAAAAACACAAUGAAGUUAGACCUUGGGCUGCCUCUGGUGUCUUAACUGGUUCUGCAACUUGUCCUUGAGCCCGAGAGGACAUAUUUCAUGUACUGCUAGUUUUCUCUGGGGACUCUUUUAACUGGAGCCUUUUUAAACACUCUAACUGAUGAACUUUGUAUUUGAAAGGAAUGAGGAGUUUAAAAAGCUCCUCAAGAAUCCAGGCGGGUGUGGAACGGUGCUGCUAUCCAUAUCUUCUUGACUUUCUUUCUUUCCCUUAGGACUUAGUUUCUCUCUUGUUGUCUCCUUUGCACUCAGAAGGGAGGCCGAUCAUUAAUUUCAGUAUUUGUGAUUUUUUUUUUUUUAAACCCAGCAUGAGUUAACUGGUCUGUGCCUCCUUGUUUCAAGGCCAGAGUGUUUUGGUUUUUGCUUUUUCCCAUUACCUUGAGUCUAGGCUGAUUCUUUGGGGCACGAUAGAAACCAGGGAGCAUGGAGCCUGAGUUGUGAAUGGCAGGGCUGAUUCUGGGUGAAAAAAAAAAAAUAACAAACCUAGAAUAUUUCCUUAUGUGCGGCAUUGUUAAGUGUAGUAGCUUAAAAAAAAAAAAGUGAAUUGCCAGCAAUUAUCUAGUAACUUGGGUUUUCUCGUUCAUUCACCAAGCACCAUCAGCCAUUUUACACAGAGAUACAACCAUCGAAUUUAAGUAUGUAUGGUACACACAUUUUCCAAAGCAGCCUGCCUGUGAUCGCCAAUGUACACUGCCAACCUGAGGAGUUAGACAGACUAAAUCUGGGUCCCUGACCGGUCUGUCUAGUUCAUCGCCCGGUUCAGCCAUUUCCAGUAGACGACUGGCACUCUGAAGAGGACAUUUCAUUGUUUUCUAUGGAUCUGUCUUUCUAAAAUAGUUCAUGUUUGGAGAAUUCUUUUGUACUCAUUUGCUUUUUUUGUCUGAGAACCAUGUCUAUUUUUAUAACUUGAGUGUGAGUUCUGUAUAUUCUCACAUUCUGUAUACUCUCUCCAUUUUCUAGAGAACCCAGUGGCUUUUUUACAGGCUCUUCUUACCAGCCCUUGUGGUUUCAGAACAGCUUUAUUUUAUUAAGAGUAUAUUAAUGAUAACUAACUCCAGUUCCAAUUCUACCUGCCAUUUUAGGAGUGGAGGUGGUUUUAAUGUAAAAUUGAAUUGAUGGCUCAUCUUGUAGACAAGAGUUCAAAAGACAGCUAAUAUGGUCCGUGUAAGUUAACCUGGUUUUCUCCUAACCAUAGAAUGAUUUCUCAUUGGAAAAGACCGGAAAAGUGUGGGAAAGUCAGUCUAAGGCAAGAAGAAUUCAUUAUGGAAGCAAACAGAAGAAAACAGCAUAUUCUCAGGUUCUUUUUCCCCAGGAAGCCUGGAGGAAAAAGUCCUUGAGUCACCAAUUUCUCUGUUGCAUGUGAAUUUUAGUGUUUUGCUAUAAAACAGCAUGAGGGUUAUCAGGCCAAAAUCCAUUAUUGUAUUUCCCAUUUUGAUCAGUUUUUUACUUGUCAAGAUUUUUAUCUGUUUCAGCCAACAGUCGUUAACCAUUAUGUGCAAUUUAACUUCUCAGAAAAAAUUAAAUCAGAAAAAUGUCAAAGUCCUCAAACUGAUUUGUCUUGCUACUCCUUUGUGUUUGGAAGAAGAGUCACAUGGCUGUUGCAUGCAUAGAAAGCUGAAGUCGAGAUCAGGAGAGGAAAGGAGGCCAUUUUUUCCCUUCAGCUUUUAAAUCUCCUGUGUCACAGGUAAUGACUAAGUACCCUAGUUGCAGGUUAUUACUCCGCUAAUUCUUGUGUAAAAUGUCCAGAUUGUAAAGGCUGAGAAGAUUUCUGAGGAGAAGUGUGCAAUGAUACAUUCUGAUCUUAAAAAAUCUGAUUUCUGGGACCGGAGUGAUAAUACAGCAGGCAGGAUGUUAGCCAACGUGGGUUUGAUACCCGGCAUCCCAUAUGUUCUCUUGAGCACCGCCAGGAGUAAUUCCUAAGUACAAAGUCAGGAGUAUCUCCAGAUGUCACCCAAACACAACAAAACAACAAAAAAAUGUGUUUUAGAUGCUGCAUUGGCUACACCACAGCGAGCCUCUUAGAGUACUGCCCCCUAGUGACAUUUAUGUGGGAUGGUGCCUGUAGAACCCUGUGGCACUGAAGCUCUUUGGAACUAGAAUGUUGAAACAAAAUAAAAUCUAGUGGGUUAAUGAAACAAAUGGCCCUCUCAUCAAAAUUAAUUUAGCAUAAAGCUCAGUUCCUAAAAAACGCCUUCAUUUAUAAAUCGAGGUGAGUGGUAUAGUGCUCGUACAGCGGACAGGGUGCUUGUCUUGCACGCGACCAACCCAGCAUCCCAUAUAGUCUGCUGAGCCUGUCCAGAGUGAUCUCUGAGUGCAGAGCUAGGAGUAAGCCCUGAGCACUGCUGGUUGUGGACCCCAAACAAAACAAAGUACUGAGGAUGGGGCUGGAGAGGACUCAACAGACCGAGAGCUUGUUUUACACGCAGGAGGUCUAGGUUCGAUCCCCGGCACCAACCUAUUCCAGGGCAUCUCUGGGAGUGACUCUCAAGCACUGCUGGGUGUGUCCAAUCUCUUCCAACUCUCCCACUUCUGGACAUUCAAAACAACAAAAUAACUAAUUGAGGACUGUUCUCACUCAGUUUCUUAAAUUAACUACAAUCGGAACACUUUAUAGUUAGUACCUAGCGCUAACUUUGGCAGGACAUUACACUAAAAUUGGAAUAAUAAAGAUUAGCAUGGUGCCUGCGGGAAGGUGACAUGCAAAUUUGCGAAGCAUUCCAUAUUUUUAAUAAAAACCUUUUGUCAAAAAAAUAAAAAUAAAAAAUAAUCCAUACCUAGAAUAUUUGGACUAAACUAAAAUUGAGAUAAUAGAGACUAGCAUGGUCCCUGCGGAAAGGUGACAUACAAAUUUGCGAAGCAUUCCAUAUUUUUUAUAAAAACCUUUUGUCAAAAAAAUUAAAAUAAAAAACAAUCCAUACUUAGCAUAUUUCAACUAAACUUGGUCAUGGCAGUUUACUGACCAACCUCAUAACCCUUUUUGACCAAUAGCUGCAAAUUGAGGAAAAUAUCUCUAUUUUAUGCUCUACAUCAUAUCCAAGAGGACUCUAAUUUAGGUCAUAAUUAUUUUCAUUUCCACCCUCAAACAUGAUUGCACACUCCUAUUAUGUGAAUUUAUGUAAGAGGUAUGGUUUGUUUGAAAUACAUAUAUAUGUAAAAUUAUAUUUUCUUAGAAACAUGAAUGUUUGCAACCAUUGCUUUCAAAGAGAUUACUGCCAUGUCUUCUAGUCUCCCUUUUACAAUGUUUUCAUGAGGAUUUACUAGAGGCUUGUGAUUAUCGAAAUGAUAACCACUUUUAACUGCCUGUAUGUGCCAGAUUUUUGAACUAAACGAAAACACAAACUGAAUAAAAUGGAGUUUGCAAACUGAA